UAAUAAACGAACAGGCAUUCACGAGGAUACGUGUUAACACGGUCGCUCGUUAAAGCGAAACACCGGUCCGCGUCAUAAGGAGGUCAAAGGACGACAACACGCUCCUGCAGUCAGUAGUUUUCUGACUUGAGGUGGUCGGAGUGUGUUGACAGCUCGUCUUCGUGUUGACUAAUCUGCGUUUAUUGAACGGGCUGAGUUGGAGUCAUGCAGUAAACACAGUGUUAGUGUUAGUCCAGCAGCUGUUAUGGCUCCUUCAGCUGUCAGACUCUGUUGUUUAUAUCGCAGCCUGUGUUGGAGAACAAGCAGCAGGCUCCCUGCAAACGGUUUGGCUCAGAGGAGUUUGUGUCCAGCUCCAGGUGCAGCAGCUCUGUGCAGACAAACACACUCUCCUCGGUGGGAUGGGACUCGUGGGUUUUUCCUCCCUGGUGGUGGUGGUGGUGGAGCCGUGGAGCAGCAGACCCUGGAGGACAUCGCCAAGAGCAUCAGAGAGCAGCAGUACAAGAGGGUGGUGGUGAUGGCUGGAGCUGGGAUCAGCACGCCGAGCGGCAUCCCAGAUUUCAGGUCUCCAGGCAGCGGUCUCUAUGACAACCUGCAGCAGUAUAACCUGCCUUAUGCCGAAGCCAUAUUCGAGAUCAACUUUUUCCAUCACAACCCUAACCCCUUCUUCGCCCUGGCCAAAGAGUUGUAUCCAGGGAACUAUCAGCCCAAUGUGACUCAUUACUUCGUACGGCUGCUUCACAAGAAGGGUCAACUCCUCCGGAUGUACACGCAGAACAUCGACGGGCUGGAAAGACUGGCGGGGAUUCCUCCUGAGAUGUUGGUGGAGGCCCACGGUACAUUCGCCACCGCCACCUGUACUGUCUGCCAGAGGAAGUACGAGGGCGAGGAGCUACGACCAGACGUGAUGAGCGGGACGGUCCCGAAGUGUCCCACCUGUAAAGGCGUGGUCAAGCCUGACAUCGUGUUUUUUGGGGAGGAGCUUCCACGUCACUUCUUCAAGUACCUGAUUGAUUUCCCAGCGGCAGACCUGCUGAUCGUCAUGGGAACCUCGCUGGAGGUGGAGCCCUUCGCCAGCCUGGCAGGAGCCGUGCGCAGCUCUGUCCCACGCCUGCUCAUCAACAGGGACCUGGUGGGGCCGUUCGCUUGGCGCCGUCGGCCUCAGGACGUCGUGCAGUUGGGUGACGUGGUCAGCGGCGUGCAAGCCCUCGUCGACGCCCUCGGCUGGACUCAGGAGCUGGACGCUCUGAUGGCAGCUGGUGCUGAGUGUAAAGCUGCCACAAAGACAGAAGAGUGACAGCAUCAAGCUGGAGGUUUGCACACCAACAAUGCAAGACUAAAUCCAGCUUCAUGGAUUAAUGUGCUCAUACUUGAAUUAUUGGUUAUAUCAAUGGAAACGAGACAGACUGGCAAAUAAACACAGACAUGAUUCUCAGUUGAAUGUCACUAAAAUGCAGGUAAGUGACACGCAGGAAUGAAACGCUGGAAAAAUCCAAUCAGGUGCUUUUUAGUCACAAGAAAAAUGUUUUAUAUGUGAAGUGAUAUGUGCAAUAGAUCACGCUGUGCAGCUGAUAAGGAACAUGUACAAUAUUAUGUUUUACUUAUUACCAUCUAAUCUUUUGAAAUGUGUCAAAAUAAUGGAUAAAAAUGCAGCGACAACCUCGGUGAUGGCCUUUGUUUGUUUGAGAAUCAUUUGAUUUCACUGAAAGUCACUGGUCUAGGGAAUUAAAUAAAAUAUUUUAAGAAAUAUUUAAGUUAUACAGGUGAGUUAUACAUGUUAUUUUAGGUUUUUUAAGGAAAAAUAAAAGUCACUGUCUUUAUCCGAUUUAGUUUUAUGCUCAAGUUUCACCCUGAAUGUCAGUGUGAUGUAAUAAAACUGUUGUAAAACAGGUCACAAAUAUAAAGUUACAUAAAGAAAUGUCUCGGUAAUAAAACAGAAACUCACUAA